ACGUCACCGUCGGACCACUCAAUCACGGCGUGCCCGUCUCAUUCAACGGACUCCUUAGAGGAGGACUACUACACUGCACCCCCACUACUUGCCCCUGCAGCCUCGGCUUCAAGUUCCUCGUCCGCGCAUCCUCCACCGUUUUCAUCCCUCUUCUUCUCAUCGUCGCCCGACGCCAAUCCUUCAUACAAAGUUACUGAACCCGGACCCGCUUGCCUUCCAGCCUUAGCGCCUCCGGCACCUGUCGAGGAGUCCCUCGAGCCGGCCCCUUCUUCGGCGCCUGUUGCUGAUACCAAGGCAUCUUUCUCUGAACCAAAAAACGAAGGUUCUUCCGACGACGGUGAACCUCCGCCGCCUUAUACCGAAGGAUACAGCCCGCUUGAGUCGUUUACCUACGUGAUGGCUGCUGCAGGAGGUGCUUCGAGCAUCAUCACCCAGGUCUCUCAGACAGGGGGCCCUCCAAUUAACACCCUUGGUGAUAUUGGUGGCGACGAACACAUUGGUCUUGACCUACGGAACACUCGGUUCACUCUUUCGCGGGAUGAAUUGCUAACUUUGCCGGAAUUCGUUCUUUUAUCCCUUUUCCCCAACGGUCUACUCCCCGAUGGCCAUGCGACCACAAAUGGCUUCCAUGAUGGCGACGUCUAUCCCGUUGAUUAUGAUCCAGCGGCACUGCAAUAUAUGCUGGAUUUCUUCCGAAGUGUUGCCCAGACGAUACCUUCCUCUCUCCCUUCUAACUCUACCUCGCCUGAGGUGGAGCUGGCUGACCCAAUGCAUGGCUCUGCCCGUGACAUGCUGCAAGACCGUGCCGGAAUCAUUGUUCUCAGAGAGGACCUUGACUUCUAUGUCAUCCCCCCUCGCCCUGACAUCGGCCAUGAUGAGAUGUUAGAGGUGAAACGGGCAGCUGGCCGAUCCCUCCUGAAACAAGAUGGAAUAUUUUCCGGGCUGAGAAAGAGCGAGGAGAUUGGAUCAACUGAGCAACAUCUGAUCGAAAUGUUAACUGCUGGUGGGUUUGAUCGCGAAGAUCAAUGGGGUCAUCGUGCUGCAGAGCCCAACAAGGCAGUUAUCUGCAGUCUUGCCCUGGCCAAACUCCGCACUGAUAUUCGUGGAGACUUGUCCAACAACAAUUCCGUGGGCAUGGCCCAAAAGCUCCUUCUAUUCUGGCGUAAACCUGCUCGCCGCUGUUGGUGGGAAGGCAUUGAGUUGGACGACGUGGAGGGUGUCGAAGGCCAGGUCAAGGUCUGGAUUCGGCGUGUAUGGACAUUGGAGAUGAGUGUUAUUGGUCUCCGGUGA